CUCUCUCUUCUCUCUGGACUUCUCUAAAAAGAAAAAAAGAAAAAUCUCUUCUUCUUCCUUAACGACACGCGUCUCCCUAUACCUGGCCACUUCACCCACUCAAUGCUAUCGGAUCUCUCUCCUCACAUUCAGAGACCCCUCGGUGGAAAACGAAAAAAUGCCCUUUCUCUCACUAAAAAACCCAAGCUCUCAUCGUAUAUCUUCUGCUCACAACAACAUCUUCCAUAUACCUUUAACCUUCACAUUAGAAAUCCACCAUAACCCCUACUGCGAAUUGGUCUGUUGGAAUCCCUCACGACCCCACCUCAUACGCCGUUAACCCUCCUCCGUUCACCAACACCGCCCUCAUCAUCCCUCACUGCCUUUUGCGACCGUGCCUCCUUCUUCAACCUUUAAAACUCCUAACUCUCGCAACCUCCGAUCGACCUUUAAUCACGAAACACACUCCGCCGCGGAAACCCACACAACAACCCAAUAUCCUCCGUGCACAACCCCAUUAACAAUCAAACCCUCCAAUAUCUCCGAGAUUCUCCACCGGAACAACUCCGCAAACCCCAUCCUUAUCUCUUUCAAACACAACCUCACAUCAAUCUUACACUCGAUUCUCCUUUAAACCCCUCAGAUUCAAAGGGCUCAGCACCAAAUCCAGCAAGAGAUUUAUCUGCGAGGCUGUGAAAUCUUCAAUGGCGGUUGAAGUUGAGGUAUUCGAGAAAGAGGCACUAGCUGUUUCUCUGGCUAAAUACGUCGCUGAUCUCUCCAAUAAGUUUACUCAACAAAUAGGGGCUUUCACUGUUUGCUUGUCUGGUGGCUCUUUGAUCAAUUAUCUUCGGAAAUUGUCGGGGCCACCGUAUGUGUAUUCUAUUAAAUGGGGUAAAUGGCAUGUGUUUUGGAUGGAUAAGAGAGUUGUACCAAAGGAUCAUGAAGAUAGUAACUAUAAGCCUACUUUUGAUGGCUUUCUCUCCAAGGUCAAAUCAUCUUCGAUUUUGGCUCGGGGUUGUAGAUUAACCGGAGAGCUCAUCACCUGUUUCGACCAUCCAAGGUCAUCCAGCGAACCAUUCGUCUCCGAUAUCCCCAAAGCUUCAUCAGCGCUCGCAUCAUGUUCAAAAGUUACGUUUCGGUUUGUCGGCAUCGCGCUUCAGGGAUUCGGGUUUCGUCACUCAUGGAGCAUGUUUAGCAAUUCGUUCUUGAUUCAGAUAUCCAAAGCCCCGAAACCGGCAUCACGAAUUACUCCAAACUCGCUUCUCCAAAUGGAAAACAAAGUUCAACUUUCACAAUCAACAAAUUUACACCGGUCUUUAGGUCUUCACAUAAUCAAGCCGAAAUGAUAGAUGGACGCGUUCUAGAGAAUUAUUGUGAGAAGAGGCGUGAGAAAAUUUACCUGAAUGAUCCUAUGGCGAAACAGGUUCAGUUAGUAUGCAUCAGUUGGUAGUAGUUGUAUGCCUUUUGGGAAAGGGUAUGUGCAAAUCCUUUACGUUCAUGGUGGUAACUUUCUAAUAAACAAAAUGUGUUUUUGCAAGUAGCCAGACAGUUAGUGAGCCACUGAACUGCUGCGCUUCUAUGCCGGUAGGAUUUCCAGCAAAUUAUCCUGUUGGAUCAUAAACUCGACACUUGCCCUCCCCUAUCAGAGAUUGAAUGGCAACAUCUACAAGUGAUUGUUAGAAAUUUCACGAUAGACCCUCUCAACUCUUAAAAGCACACAAGGCAAGCACCAUGCUUCGGGAUGUUGGAAGUAAUUCUUGCAUACCAAAAAAUUCUUGAUGAAUGCAGGGCUAUUUGGAAAUGUUCGUGUGCACUUCUUCAGCGGAAUUUUCCAUGUUGUGUUCAGAUGUGAAGGUCAUUGGCUACAGACUACCUCUUCGUAUGACUUUUGCAAUAGAGGUUCGGUAAAUUCCACGCAACAUCAACCAAAGUUUCAAGGCUAAGGCGAGAAAGGAACAAGCAGCUAACCGUCGACAACAAAACCUGCUGCUUGGAUGAAAACAAUGGUAACCUUUACAUUUUGAACUUAUAUUCAAUCCGAUCCAUUUUCGGUUCAAAUUCCGUCACACCUCAAAAGCAGUAGUUAUCGUCAUUUAUGUUUGGGUGAUUGUAAAUGGUUUUUUUUCAUAGCAUUUUGUGAGCAGGGUUCUGUGGAGUUGUUGUUGCAGGUUCAUAGGUUGCAUCAGUUCUGCAACCAGUUCCUUGAUGCACGUUCUGGUUUAGUAAGCUGACUUGGUGUUGAUUUGUGGUGAUGUCGUUAAUUUAUACUUCUAUCAUGUUAAUCCUAUGUUAAGUUGUUGUACCAAGCAUUGGUGAGUGAAUGUUGGUUAAUUAGAUGAUGCAAAUGUUAAUUGGGAUUGUUAGAUUUAUUGAAUAGAACUGUUAGAUUAACAUGCUUUGAUAUUGUGAGAUUGAUAUUGUGUAGAAAUAUAGCUUUAACUGUUAAUUUGUAAUGUAGCUAUAGUGUUUGUGUUGUGCGUGUGUGAUACCUAAUGAAUGUGAGAAUUAGAUUGAAAAUA